ACAGAUGUGUGAGAAAUAUGUCUCUGGACUCACUAAGCGGACUAACAGUUCAGCAAGUGUCAUGAAAGAGCAUUAGAAGUUUUCCUGGUAUCGCCAAUAAGUGAAAGUUGUGGCGUGAAGUGAAAAUAUCGUCAGUAUUUGAUUUGUGAGGCCUAUUAUGCAGGUCGUUGGCCUUUGCAAGCCAAACGAUCGGCAGAACCUGACUGAUUUGUGGCAGAUAGUAACCUCUGCCACAGGCUAGACGCGCGUCUCAAUGCAAACUGUACCUACUGACGGCACUGUGCUCUUUAAGCGCUCACAGUGAACUGGACACAUAUAUCUGACCAUAUUACUGAAUGAAGAUGCCUCGUGUGUGUCGUGUGAAGCAGCUACCAGAGUCGUUUUUCGAAGCCAUCGAAGAAAACGACUCUUCUACAAUCUCCAGGUACAUAUCAGACGGAAUCGACCUAAACGGACGAAGGGGCUACCGGACGGAGUAUGGAACGCCUCUGACCGUCGCUGUGGGCGCUCAAAACUUUAACACGGUUGUCAGUUUCAUAGCCCAGGGGGCAAAGGUAAAUCAACCUGGGACUGUGUGGGGCGCUAUGCCGCUGCACGUGGCAGCAAAACAGGGGAACCUGAACAUCGUCAAGCUCCUGAUUGACGCAGGCGCAGAUGUCAAUAUGUUAGACCGUAGCAAAUCAUCGCCGUUGACUGUCGCGUGUGGUAAAGGAAAUCUAGAUGUCGCAAAAUAUUUGCUGUGUAGAGGCGCAUGCGUGAAUCACCAAGCGGGCUACGAGGUUGUUCCACUGGAGGCUAGAAAGCUGCUAGGUACAGAGGAUGAUCUUACCGAGCAGCAGCGGGAAGACAUACUUGAUCCCUUUAAAGGAAACACUCCUCUCACCAAAGCCACGUGGUCCGGAAACAUUGAUCUAGUCAGAGAGCUCCUACAGAAUGGAAGUGAUGUCAUGGCAGAGACGUAUGCUGGGAAUACCGCAUUGCAUGUGGCUGCACGAGAAGGACACGUGGACAUUUUGCGACUGUUGAUUGGUUGCUACGAAACUCUAGACGUCAAAAACGCGAAGGGCGAAAUUCCAUUGUUCAUGGCUGUGAGAAAAUUCUUUGACUGCCCAUCUGGUGGACAGGCGUAUGUGCAAAUCGUGGAGGAACUUCUUCAGAUCGGAAGUAACGUUGCGACAAAAACUACAUCGGACGAAAACGUUCUGUUUGCGAUUCUAACAUCAAAUUUUAGACGACCUACAAACAGUUGUGAACUGAUUAGGUGGAAUCUGCUGAUGAAAGUUUUAGCAGCUACGAGGACUUUGUCCCCAGCGGACCUUCCUAGCGAGACAAAAUUGUCUGAACAGUUAUUAAGUGCAUUUGGCAACCCUUUGCCCUGGUUGAUAGCAAUGGCCAAAUCGCCAAGAUCGUUACAACACCUCUGCCGACUUACAAUCUGGGACACACUACCGACAGCGAACUCUGCGCAUGUCCGGAAAUUGCCUAUUACGGCAACCAUGAAGGCAUAUUUGACAUUGAACUAAGUAUUCAGUGCUGUUUGGUGAUAUUUUCAUAGUACAGUAUUAAAUAUAUUUGAAGACACGCAGUCUUUGAUGUUUUUUUUUUAUUUGGUUAAAAGAAAGCUUAUCAGGAAAGAUAUCUACUGAACAUAACAAAAUAUAGUGAAUGGAAAUGCGUGUUUAUAAUUCAACAAC